CGGCUGCAAAAACCUGCGUUGCCUAUGUUAACCCUUGCGACAGAAGAUAGGAAAUAGAAUAAAAGAGAGGAAAAGUAAGAAAAAAAGGAGAUAGAGGGGACGUAGAAUUCGUCGGACUGCUUUACCGCCGGCGAAGAAGAAGGACGACCUGGAUCGUGAGGGAAGAAGAGGGAAAGCGAUCAGAGACGAUUCCAGGAUGGCACUGCGGCGGAGGAAGACGAACUUCAUGCUCUGGUCGAGGUAGUCGUCGCCGGGAAGGAGAAGCACGCUGGCGGUGCCGCUAAGAUCGCCGGAAAACAAACCAAGCUGUCGCCACAUGCCCCACUGAAACAGCCUAUCAAUUACAGUUCACUCCACCAGAGGCGACUGGGGAAUCGCCGCAGAUCUGCAGAGCUGCCGGUUUCCUUUCUCUCUGCUUGGAUCGCACACCUUGGAGGAGAAGAGUCAGAAGACCCCGAAAUAGGUGGUGGUUUGAUCCUGUUGAAGUUGAAUUCGAGAGAGCUUCCGCUAGAAAAUAUAAUUAGUAAAUCAUUGUAUAUUUUAAUUUCAAGAACUCUAUUUAAUUAAUAUUAUUUUGAGUUAAAUUAUUUGAGAAGUGGUUAGCCUGUGCACUCGGUUAGGUCGGAACCGAGUGUGGCGGUAACGCCCCUAUUUCUCUUUGUUUUUUCGCUGCACAAUUCUGAUGUUUUCAAAUAAAGUAAUAAAUAAUGUUUUAUUUAAAGGUAUUUUUGGGUGGGAAAUUUGUGGGUGUUACAUCAACGACUUUCCAGAGUGUGCUUACUUCUUAGGAGCUGGGCCCAAAGGAACCGCCCGAGCAUCCCCGUCCGGGAGAGGACCCGACCGGGACGCAAAGCCUCGUUCGAGAGUGUGCCUACUCAGGAGCUGGCCCCAAGGAACCGCCCGAGCAUCCCCGUCCGGGAGAGGACCCGGCCAUGAUGCAAAAGCCUCGUUCGAGAGUGUGCCUACUUCUCAGGAGCGGGACCCAAGGAACCGCCCGAGCAUCCCCGUCCGGGAGAGGACCCGGCCGGGACGCAAAGCCUCGUUCGAGAGUGUUCCUACUUGUCAGGAGCUGGACCCAAAGGAACCACCCGAGCGUCCCCGUCCGGGAGAGGACCCGGCCGGGACGCAAAGCCUCGUUCGACAGUGUGCCUACUUCUCAGGAGCUGGCCCCAAGGAACCGCCCGAGCAUCCCCGUCCGGGAGAGGACCCGGCCGACACUACUACAUUUUUAGACCUAAUGUAACAUUAAAGAUGUAACAUAUCUAUAAUAGUGUUACCUAUUUCUCUAAUGUAACACUUUUUAGACCUAGUGUAACACUUUCUAGAAGUAUAAGUGUUACAUUAGGUACUAUAAAGUGUUACAAUAGAUCAAAUGCAACACCAGCAAAUGUAAUGGUAAAAAAAUGUUACAUUUUCUCUAAUGUAACACUUUUCAUGGAAAAUGUAACAUUUUUUUACCAUUACAUUUGCUGGUGUUGCAUUUGAUCUAUUGUAACACUUUAUAGUACCUAAUGUAAGACUUAUACUUCUAGAAAAUGUUACACUAGAUCUAAAAAGUGUUACAUUAGAGAAAUAGGUAACACUAUUAUAGAUAUGUUACAUCAUUAAUGUUACAUUAGGUCUAAAAAUGUAGUAGUGCGGGACGCAAAGCCUCGUUCGAGAGUGUGCCUACUUCUCAGGAGCUGGACCCAAAGGAACCGCCCGAGCAUCCCCGUCCUGGAGAGGACCCAAAGGAACCGCCCGAGCAUCCACUUGCUCACCAAUGUAUUUAAUGCAAUCAGGCCUAGUACUUGAUAUGUGUGCCAUCAAUCUGGAGCUACCACCUCAUCCUAGCCUCAACUCCUCCUUGGUAUAAAUACCCCCUAUUUGUGGCAUAAGGGAGGGGAAUUUCUGCCAAUUAAUGCGUAAAGGCUGCCAAAACCUUCUUCCCAAGAUCAACAUUUUCUUAGUUAUUAAUAUUUGCUUAGUCUUUAAUAGCACUUAUUGUAAGAGUCUUGUAAUCAAGACCAUAUAUUGUUAUAGAGCCUCGGUAUUAACAUAUUAAUAAAGUCUUACCUUUU